AUGGAUCAAGGAGUAGGGGCGAAGGAUGGAUACUUGAAGGUGAACCUCGAGGGAGAGGCCGGGAGGGUGGACGUGAACCUGCCGCAGCCCCUGCCCGACAUCAGCAUCACCGGGAUCGCCACCUCGCGAGAGGCCCCGCCCCCUGCCCCCGUUCCCUCUCCCGCUCCGGCUCCCGCUCCGGCUCCCGCUCCCUCCCCCCCGCCACCCCAGCCCGCGUCUCCGGCCCGCCGUCGCGAGUCCCCUCGCAGGACCAGGAGUCCGUCGGUGCGGGCCUCGUCGGGGUCAGAAGGGGCUUUCGGCAUCGACGACCUGGUGAACCCUCGGAAGCGCCGCAGCCCGGCUCCGGACCGCGAGUUCGACGACGGGCGACGCCGUCACAAGGACCGCCGCCGGGAGCGCUCCCCUUCGGUCGCCUCUCGCAGCGUGGAUUCCGUUCGCUCGAGCCACGGCGGUCGCAAGGAGAAGACUCGGGGCGCGCACAAGCCUUCUCCCGGAUUCGCCACGCUCAAGGAGGAGAAGCUGCACAUCCUCCUGGCGCUGAGGCGGAUGAAAGAGGAGGGCGUCAGGGGGAUCACGGACUUCGAUCCCGACAGCGACAUCGAAGAGAUGCGCAUCGAGCUGCGCGCAUUCGAAGACGACGAGACGGUCCGCACCGGCAUCCAGAGCUGCCGAACCGCCCUCGUGACCUUCUCGACGGGCCUGGAGGUCGCCAACACCAAGUACAACCCGUUCGACCUGGACAUGCGGGGAUUCAGCGAGUCCGUCUUCGAGCGGAUCGAGAGGGUCGUCGCGGACAACCCCGACGUCCUGAAGGACCUGAUCGACCGGCGCGUGAAGGAGGAGAUGGCCAGGGCCAAGGAGGAGGAGGCUCGCCAACGGCAGACCGACUCCCUCCGCUUCUUCGACCCGCCUCAGCCGACGAGGGGAGACGCUCCCGCCCCGCCCCCACAGAAGGCCGAGAUCGGCGUCCCGGAGGCGGGCAGGUCGACUCGGCACGUCGGGAGGGGAAAACGACGGCCCAAGUACUCCACGAGCGGCAGCGGCAGCGCGUCGGCGAGUUCGGACUGGUCGGACGGCGGCGAGAAAAGGAAGAGGUACGACAGCGAGCGGAGCGUCUCUUCGAUGGAGACGGUCGAGGAGAGCGUAGCCACGACGACGCCCCGUCCUACGACCGUCACGGCCAAGGCCACCGUGAAGAAGGUGCCGGUGGGCAAGGCGGGCGCCGGUGCGAGGAAGAAGGUGGUGGAGAUCGAUCUCUGA